GCCCCCCAGCGCUGCAAUAUGGCGUUGGCCGACAUCGUCCGUCUCCCUCCGGCUUCGGAGGCCCCUUUUGCGCCCCUCGGGGCCCCGCGGGACCUUUCGGGUCCCCCUUCAGAGCUGGCGGUUCGUCCGUGGGGCGGCGCGGAUCUGCCCGGGCCCGGCCUGCAACUCCUGCACGGCACCACGACGUUGGCCUUUAAGUUUGCCCACGGCGUGGUGGUGGCGGUGGAUUCCCGCGCCACGGCCGGCUCCUACAUCGCCUCGCAGACGGUGCAGAAGGUGAUAGAGAUCAACCCCUCCUUGCUGGGCACCAUGGCCGGCGGGGCGGCCGACUGCAGCUUCUGGGAGCGGCUGCUGGCCCGGCAGUGCAGGGUGUACGAGCUGAGGAACAAGGAGCCCAUCUCCGUGGCUGCUGCCUCCAAGCUGCUGGCCAACAUGGUGUAUCAGUACAAGGGCAUGGGGCUCAGCAUGGGCACCAUGAUCUGCGGCUGGGACAAACGAGGGCCAGGCCUUUACUACGUGGACAGCGAAGGCACGCGCAUCCCGGGCGAGGCGUUUGCGGUGGGCUCGGGUUCGAGCUACGCGUACGGCGUGCUGGACGGCGGGCGGCGGCCCGACAUGGCGACCGACGAAGCCCUGGAGCUGGCCCGGCGCGCCAUCUUCCAGGCGGCCCGGCGCGACGCCUACUCGGGGGGCAGCGUCACCGUGUACCACGUGGGGCCGCGGGGCUGGCGCCGCGUCUCCAGCCACGACGUGGCGGGGCUGCACGACGGCUACGGCGGGUAACGGGCCUCAAACAUGGCGGCGGGACGACAUGGCGGCCUCGCGUUGGCGUCUUGUGUUCUUGGGGGUCCUCCAGGGGGGGUUGGGGUCCUCCAGGGUGGGUUGGGGGUCCUCCAUGGUGGGUUGAGGCCUCAAACAUGGCGGCGGGACAAGAUGGCGGCCUCGCGUUGGCAUCUUGUGUUCUUGGGGGGCUUCCAGGGGCGGUUGGGGGUCCUCCGUGGGUUGGAAGUCCUCCAGGGUGGGUUGGGGGUCCUCCAAGGUGGGUUGGGGGUCCUCCAAGGCGGGUAACGGGCCUCAAACAUGGCGGCUGGACAAGAUGGCGGCCUCGCGUUGGCAUCUUGUGUUCUUGGGGGUCUUCCAGGGUGGGUUGGGGGUCCUCCAAGGUGGGUUGGGGGUCCUCCAGGGUGGGUUGAGGCCUCAAACAUGGCGGCGGGACGACAUGGCGGCCUCGCGUUGGCAUCUUGUGUUCUUGGGGGUCCUCCAGGGGCGGUUGGGGUCCUCCAAGGUGGGUUGGGGGUCCUCCAGGGUGGGUUGGGGGUCCUCCAAGGUGGGUAACGGGCCUCAAACAUGGCGGCGGGACGACAUGGCGGCCUCGCGUUGGCGUCUUGUGUUCUUGGGGGGCUUCCAGGGUGGGUUGGAGGUCCUCCAGGGUGGGUUGGGGGUCCUCCAAGGUGGGUUGGGGCAUCAAACAUGGCGGUGGGACAAGAUGGCGGCCUCGCGUUGGCGUCUUGUGUUCUUGGGGGGCUUCCAGGGGGCGUUGGGGUCCUCCAAGGUGGGUUGGGGGUCCUCCAAGGUGGGUAACGGGCCUCAAACAUGGCGGCGGGACGACAUGGCGGCCUCGCGUUGGCGUCUUGUGUUCUUGGGGGGCUUCCAGGGGGCGUUGGGGUCCUCCAAGGUGGGUUGGGGGUCCUCCAGGGUGGGUUGAGGCCUCAAACAUGGCGGUGGGACAAGAUGGCGGCCUCGCGUUGGCGUCUUGUGUUCUUGGGGGGCUUCCAGGGUGGGUUGGGGUCCUCCAGGGUGGGUUGGGGGUCCUCCAAGGUGGGUUGGGGGUCCUCCAAGGCGGGUAACGGGCCUCAAACAUGGCGGCUGGACAAGAUGGCGGCCUCGCGUUGGCAUCUUGUGUUCUUGGGGGUCCUCCAGGGUGGGUUGGGGGUCCUCCAAGGUGGGUUGGGGUCCUCCGAUUACGGAAGCGGGAUCCGUCGGACGUCUCCUUCCGGUCCUGCCAACGCGCUACUUCCGGUCUCCGUACGGCAAAAUGGCGGCCCCCGGCACAUUCCCGGAAUGAAGACUGCGGCUCCCUGUUAGAACUUCCGGCCUUUUUGCGUCUACUUCCGCUCGCUGAAGGGAAGCUGGCGCUGACCGUGCCGGAAGUACUGUUUAAAUAAAACGGAAGUCACGUAACGCGCGUGUCCGGAAGUUCCGGUGGGGGCAUAAUGGCGGCGCGCAAAGCGCUGCGGAUCGCGGAGCUCCGCUCCCUCUCUGCCCGCCCCAUUCCUGCGGCCCCACAGCGCAUCGGCCAAUGGCGCGUCAGCAAAGGCUUGGCCCCCGGCAGUUCGGGCUAUGGGCCCCUCCGUGACCUCCCUGAUUGGUCCUUUGUGGAUGGCCGCCCAGCUCCCCUGUGGGCGGGGCAGCUGCGCCGUCGCCAUGACAACGAGGAAGUUGCCCGCCGCGCCGUCGCUCUCAUCCAAUCAAUGGACGCCGCUCGGGAGAGGGGGCGGGGCUUAUCCCUCAAGCCCCGCCCCUCGCUGCGCCCCAAAGGCUCCUCCCCCAAAUCAAUAAAAGACGAAUGAUGAA